AUGGGUACAAGAAGGUAUCUAUUAUUGUUAUAUUGUGCUAUUACAAUAGUAUCUAUGGUUAAUGCACAAGAUGUUUGUGCAAAUCAUAGAUGUUCCAGUGGAUUUACGUGUAUUAAUCAAGGAGGAAUAGCCACAUGUGUUGUAUCGUCGGGAUCACAAUCAGGCUCACAAACUGGUUCACAAACUGGUUCACAGACCGGUACUUCUGGUUCCGGAAGAAACUGUCAGAAUGACGCACAAUGCGGAUGGGGAUAUUGGUGUGAUCUAUCCGAUUCACAAUGUAAGCCAUGGUCUUCUUCAUCACAAUCUUCAGGACAAACAGGAACAUCUGGUUCAUCAUCAACUGGAUCCGAUGCCAAGUUAAUUAUUAUAUUAUAUCAUUUAAAUUUCAUAGUUUGUGCAGACUUUAGAUGUUAUGGUGGAUUGGUAUGUGUUAACCAAAAUGGUGUUGCCACUUGUGUAAAACCAAGUCAAGUCACCACUGGAUCACAAACUGGAAGUUCUGGUUCAUCAACAACUGGAUCCGAUGCAAUUUGUGCAAACUUUAGAUGUUACGGUGGAUUGGUAUGUGUUAACCAAAAUGGUGUGGCCACAUGUGUAAAACCAAGUCAAGUCACCACUGGAUCACAAACUGGAAGUUCUGGAUCGGGUGGAUGUCAAAACGAUGCCCAGUGUGGUUGGGGAUUCUGGUGUGACAGACAAGCCAAUCAAUGUAAACCAUGGUCAACAUCAGCACAAACUGGUAGUUCAGGAUCACAAACAUCGGGAAGUGGAUGUCAAAACGAUGCCCAGUGCGGUUGGGGAUUCUGGUGUGACAGACAAGCCAAUCAAUGCAAACCAUGGUCAUCGUCAGGCCAGAGUGCUGCUAUAACCAACACUGGAGGUAUUGGUGCAUGUGCCAACUUCUACUGUCCAACCGGAUCACAUUGUAUCCUUCAGAACGGACAACCAUUCUGUCUGCAAGAUGGAUCAGCCACCACUGGAGGUGACAAUAUUGUUGAUCAAAUCUGUAGUACCAUCCAAUGUCCACCAGGAACCACUUGCGCUCUUGUCAAUGGAAAACCACGUUGUCUACUCUCUGGAAACACUCUUAUCCCAACAUCGGCUGGAAGUGCUUCUAUAUCUGCAUCAACAACUGCAACAACUAUCGCAUCCACCGCCUCUACCAUUGCGACAACCACCGCUACAACCACAGGAAUUCCAUCCUCUGGAAUUUCCACUACUGCUUCAACCGUUGCAUCAACAAUUGCCACCACCGCAUCAACUGUUGCGUCAACUGUCGCAUCAACAAUUGCUACCACUGCUUCAUCUGCAUCCGCUUCAACAACUGCAUCAACUAUUGCAACCACUGCCUCUACCAUCGCAACAACCACCGCCACAACAGGAAUUCCAUCCUCUGGUAUUUCCACCACCGCCUCAACUGUUGCAUCAACCAUUGCCACUACCGCAUCAACUGUUGCAUCGACUGUUGCUUCAACUACUGCUACAACCGGUCGUCCAACAGGUGCAUCAACGGUCGCCUCAACUGUUGCUUCAACUGUUGCAUCGACUGUUGCCUCAACCACUGCAUCUACAACCGGUCCAGCUUCAACAAUGACCCAAACCACCACUGCUUCAACUGUUGCAUCAACUGUUGCUUCAACAACUGCAUCAACUACUGGUCGUCCAACUACCACAGCAUCAACCGUUGCAUCAACCGUUGCUAGUACCGCAUCGACUAUUGCCUCAACUGUUGCCUCAACAACUGCAACAUCUGCAUCCGCAUCCGCUUCAACAACCGCUUCAACUACUGCAUCAACUGUUGCCUCAACAACUGCAACAACCACCGGACCAGCUUCAACAAUCACCCAAACCACCACUGCCACCACAACUGCGACCACCACUGCAACUACCACCAAUAGACCAGUCACCACAACUGCAACAACCACCGCCACAACAACUGCAACAACCACCGGUCCAGCUUCGACAAUCACCCAAACCACAACUGCAUCAACCGUUGCAACUACCACCAACAGACCAUCAACUUCUAGACCAACUACUGGUGCCACCACUGGAUCUCCAGCCACCACUAGUGCUCUAACUCCAGCAACCACUGCUCCAGCAACCACUGCUCCAGCUACCACUGCUCCAGCUACCACUGCUCCAGCAACCACUGCUCCAGCUACCACUGCUCCAGCAACCACUGCUCCAGCAACCACUGCUCCAGCUACAACUGCUCCAGCUACAACUGCUCCAGCUACAACUGCUCCAGCUACAACUGCCCCAGCAACUACUGGUCCAGCAACAACCGCUCCAGCUACCACUGCCCCAGCUACUACUGGUCCAGCAACAACUGCUCCAGCUACCACUGCCCCAGCUACUACUGGUCCAGCAACAACUGCUCCAGCUACCACUGCCCCAGCUACUACUGGUCCAGCAACUACUGCCCCAGCAACAACUGCCCCAGCAACUACUGCCCCAGCUACUACUGGUCCAGCAACUACUGGCCCAGCAAAUCCAAUCAAAUACUCUCUCAAUGGUUAUGCAUGGUGGGAUAAAAACGCCAAUGGUGGUGACAAUUCAGGAGAACCAUAUCUUGGACAAAUAACUGGAACAUUGACAAAAGAGAAUGGUGAAGUAGUCACUACAUUCACUACUGAUGCAUCAAAGAAGAACAACGGUGCAUUCAAAAUUGACAAUUUAGAUCCAGGAAAGUAUUGUGUUACAAUGACUGAUGCAAGCGGUAAAUAUAUCGAUGCUCCAGUUGGAACUGACAACAAAUUUACCAAUGGACAAUAUUGUUUCACUCUUGACGAAUCCACUGCACCAAACCAGUCAAUGACUAUUGCCGCUGGAAUGGUACCAUCGCCAACCAACAUCACUCCACAAUACACCGUUCAAGGAUACGCCUGGCUCGACAACAACGCCAAUGGAAAUGACAACGGCGGUGAACCAUACCUCGGAGAUAUCUCUGGUGUUCUCACCGAUGUCGAUGGAAACACAGUGAAUACAUUCACCACCAAGGCCAGUGACAAAGACAAUGCAUUCUCUAUCCCCAAUCUUGAUCCAGGACACUACUGCUUGAAGAUGACCGAUCCAACCGGUAAAUAUGUUUCCGCUCCGGUUGGAAACGACAACAAAUUCGUCAAUGGAGAAUAUUGUUUCGAUUUGACUCCAUCCGGUACCAACCCCAACAAUGUCUUGAAGGUUCCUGCCGGUUUCGUCCCAGCUCCCACUACCCCACCACCAGACUACAGUGUCAGUGGUUACGCAUUUUGGGACAUAAAUAACAACGGUGCCGACGAUAGUGGAGAACCAUACUUGACUGGACUGACCGGUACCAUUAAGAACUCGAAUGGCGAUGUCGUUUCGACAUUCGUUACCGACGGUGCCGAGAGGACCAAUGGAUUCAGCGCAACUCUUCCAGGACCAGACACCUACUGCAUUGAGCUGACCGAUCCUAAAAAUCAAUUCCAAUCGGCAGCGGUCGGUACUGACAACAAGUUUGUCAACCAGAACUACUGCUUCGAUGUCACCCCAAGCAAUCCAACCGCCAGAGCAAUCGAAGGUAUGAUUCCAACGCAAAACUACUCUGUCAAUGCCUACACCUUCGAAGACCAGAACGCAGACGGUGCCGACGAUACCUCUGAACCAUACAUCAGCGGUCUUGAGGGUGGAUUGCUCUACAUGUUUGGAGACUCUGACAUAGGUUCGCACAUCGUCAACUGGACAACCGACGCCACAAAGGCAAAGACUGACUUCACCGACGCCAAUCUUCCCGCCGGUAGAUAUUGUGUUAUCUACGAAAAGACACCGUUCUACACUCCAACCGUCGUUGGAACAUCCAACAAGAUGGACGUAAACAAUCAGAGUACCUGCUUCGUGCUCGGACCAGACAAUCCCAGCCAAACCGUCGUAUCUGGAUUCAAAAAGACAAAGACCUACAAUAUCGACUCCAGACCUAUUUUUGAUCGUAACCACGAUGGUGCCGACGCUUCCGGUGAACCAUAUCUUGCCAAUAUCACCAUGACUCUCACGGACUCAGAUGGAAAUGUCAUUGCCACCGACUCUGGUGAGACUAGCAAAGCUCGUAUCAGACAAGAUGUUGUAGCAGGCGACUAUUGUCUCCAGUUCACCGAUCCCGCCGAUUACUUUGGAACAUCGGUUUUAGGCAGUGACAACAGUUUUGUCGAUAGCACAUAUUGUUUCACCGUCGACGAUACCACCGUUCCUACCGGUAGUAAACUAGCGGAUGCCUACCUCUAUCCAAAGAAAUUCAUUACCACCAAGUUCUACUCUUGGGAAGAUAAGAAUGGAGAUGGUCUAGAUGUAACUGGAGAGCCGUAUGUUGCCGGUGUAAAGGGAACAUUGAAUAAUAUUCGUUAUGGAUUCCCUACAAACUUCCCUAAUCCAACCUUUACAACUCCAGACGCAACCACCAAGACCGAUCAAUUCACCACAGCGGUCGGAGGUGAGAACUGUCUCACUGUCACCGCAUUACCAACCGACUAUAAACUCACUGUUGUCGGAGUUACCAACAAAAUCGCAGCAGUCGACACUCCCUAUUGUUUCGACCUCACCAGUGACACCACAUUCGGAAUUGGUCUACAAAAGACCACAAGAAGAAGAUACAUUAUAAUUAUCACUGAAAUGAUAUUUCUUAAUUUAAUCAUGAUUCUACUCUCGAUUAGUUAA